UCUUCAGGUAUCCUUUUGGUCAUCAGGUAAUAGUUUAGUUAAUCAAUAGAUUAAAAGUGAUCUAUUGUUUUUCGUUGUUGUUAUUGUUUCCUUUUUUCCAAAUCAAAGUUAAUCAAUUGAUUUAAAAUUUUGUUCCAUUCUCUUUGUUAAAUGUUACUCAUCUCAUAAAGUUCCUCACGAUAAUGAUUAUGUGUAUUACUUUACAAUUAAGCUUAAUUAGUAAAUUGCUCUAUGAUAAGACAUCGAUAUCACCCUCCCUGUGGUAAACAUCGAUGGGACCUUUUCCUUUUUAUCAAUACACCAACAAAGUUACGAUCGAAAUCAAAUCUUGAUCCAAUUCCGGAAACUCGGUGUCUCUAUUGUUCACAACAAUUAACUGGGGAAAGUGAACACAAAUGUAAUCCUGAUAAUCCAUACGAAAUUUGCUCUGUUCGAGGUUCUAAUGGUAAUAAAACUUCAACUGGUGUUGGUGAUUAUGUUAUCACCAAUAAUGAUAUGAUAUCGGAAACGGAAAGAGCUGCUCGAAGAGAAAAAUGUCGAAAACAAUGGCAAAUAUCUCCUGAGGCUUUAAAGUCAAUCUCAAAUUCAUACCCGAAAGUUAGUAAUCCGAGUGCUUCGUCUAUUACCUCGAGAGAAGGUCGAGUUGGUGGUGGACAAAAUCGUCGAAAUCAUUUGACCAACGUUAAGCAAAGUGUCGGUCAAAAUAAUAGUAGUGGUUCUGGUCAUAAUUCUAAUCGUAAAUUACCGCCGAUUGAACGGUCAGUUGAGAGUCAAAACUUUGACUCGAACAACAUUUCAAUCUCUCGAACUGAAUCUCACCAGAAACGUUCAAUCUCAACGAAUGAAAUUGUCACUGAAAAAAGUAAAGAAAUUUCUUCAAUUAAUUAUAAUCGAGAAGGAACAGAAUCUUCUUGUUCACAAAUAAUGGAGUCUCAACAUCGUGAGGCCACUUUAGGUCGAAUCGAUGCUUCGGUUAGAGAGGAUCAUAGUAUUUCUUGUGAACCAGAGUGGAUCGUAAGUCGACCAACUAAAGCAAAGCCGACAGAUAAUCUCAAAUGGGAAGGGCCUAUGGAAUUAGAAACAACCUUCAAGUCAACCAUUGAUUCAUCUGCAGCUCAACGUUUAAUCGCCUCAAGGCAAGGCGAUGGCGAACAUGGGACAAUUGCAUCUCCUAUGAACAUCGGUGCUGGCGAUCCUACAGUUCCUUUUAAAAGACGCCAUAGACCCAAGACAUCAUUGAAACUCGGCGGUGAAGGUUCUUAUUCAACGAUCAAUAGGGAGAGUUACAAAAACUUCGUAGUCGUUGAUCAAAGUCGUGAACAAUUGGUUCAAGAUCGACUUGAUGCUUUAGCCCGAUCGAUGGAUGAAAGGCAAAAACUGAUGGAACAACAGGGUUCAGGAUCAAAUCGAAAUCAAAUUAAGUCAAAAUCGAAAAGAUCUACAGACAUUCAACCAACACCAACACGAUCUUCGGCUACCGAUCAAUAUAAUCAUAAGGUAAUUGUAGCAAGUAAAUCAAAAGUUUCGAGUGAACAAAAAUCUCACCAAACAGAAGUAAAUGAACACCAAUCAAAAAUAAUCACGAAGUCAAAGGUUAAUCAUAAUGAUGAAAACAAUACAACCAAGAAACAAAGUUUUCAGGGAGCAGUUGAAGUUACCAAAUCAACUAAAUCAAAUCAACAGAAAACAAUUAAAGACAAUGGACAAAAUCGUCAUGAGAAAAUGACAAUUGAAAACGAGGGAAAAAAUAUCAAUACAAUUGUUGAAUCAGAUAAUCAUGCAAAUGGAAACGCUGAUAAAAGUUCCUAUCGAAAAGUUGAAAUUAAUUCACGAAAUGAAAAUGGUCAUGGGUCACGAAAUAAAUCACCGAUUCCAAGUAAAUCAGGGGGAACUGUACCUUUUGCUGUUCCAAUUGUGAGGCCAAGUCCGAUUCGACCGACAUCUUCACUUACAUUGAAUUGUAAGUUCAAAGGAGAUCGAGUAAUGUCAACAUCGGAAGUUGAUUCAAAUGAAUCGAAUAGUAAAUCAGAUGAAAUCAAUUCUUCCAAUCAUUUGAUUACCACCAAGGAAAAUGUGACGAUGGAAAAAGAAUCUGAACAUAAAAAUCGAAAAGAUCAUUAUACAAUUUACGAGGAAUCAUUGAAAGUUGAAAGAGAUCGAAUGAAAAGUUCCAAGAGUAAUCCGGCAUUGAACAAUAUGAAUGAUCAACAGAAUAAAAUGAAUGAAGAUGAAAGAGAUCAGAUGAAGAGAGAAGAUAAAAAUGCAUCAAAGCAAAAACGAGCUCGAAGUUUACCUCGACAUCGAGGUUCACGAGAUCGUAAUGAGAGUCAUUUGAAAUUCGAUGGUAACAUGGAUUUUGAAACGACAACUCAUCACGAUUAUCAUGACUAUCAAGAUGGUUCACAGGUUAAUGCAUAUUUUCAUGAGAGUCGAUCGAUUGGUCAACGAAAACCAUAUCGAGAUCUAUUUAGAACUUCAUCUGAAGCCGAACUAAUGACCAGUGUUAAGACAAUUCAAGAGAAUAGAACAAUGAAUAAAGCGAAUAGUAAAUCAACCAAUACAAUGACAACAACUUAUAAUUCAGUUUUUCGAAAUAAACUUUAUUGUCCUGUGAUUGAUUUAACACCAAAAAAUCCGGAAUUCCAAUAUAAAGGUGAAGCUGGUGGUCAUCACUUUUUUCAACCUCUUUUCUUUACAUCAACUUGA